AUGCUAUUGUAUUUAGCUCUCAUCUUAUCGUAUAAAUGCAAUAUCAAUGAACAAAUGAAGAAGCUAAACAUAAAACAGAAUAUGCAACGUCUUGCUUUAUCAAGCAGAAUUUCUUCAAAGUGGAGACCUAUUAGAAUUACAUUAAAUUAUGAUUUCCUUGAAGGCAAAAGAAACUAUCCAUAUACAUGCAAAAAUGUUGGUCAAGUUAUUGAAGAAAUAGGAGUUGUUUGUGAAGCAAACGAUAUAAUAACAGAAAAACAAAUUUCGGCCAUCAAAGGAACGUUGAACAACGUUGUUGACUUUCUUUCACAUACUCUCAAAGUACAAUCUGUCUUAGAUCCGAUUAAAGUUGAAAUUGAUGAUGAAAAUAAACUUGAAUUCAAUAAUACAGAUUUAGUUCUUAUUGUUACCAGUCAGAAAAUCGAUGGAGCUUUAGCAUCAGCAGGACCUCGUAUGUUUGAAGAUACAUAUCGAAGAACAAUAGUUGGAAUUGUAGAAUUUAACCCUUCCACUACCCCAGAAGAAGCUGUAAGUGAAAACGAUUGGAAUGAUAAGUGA